GCGAUGUUUAAUCCAUUUGAAGCUGCACAGGGCGGCGGUGGAGACGAUAAGACUUUCUUAGGAGAAAACCAGCCGCAUAGACCUACUACGGGUGCAUUGCGCUAUUCAGAUGAUACGGAGUUCAAUGAUGCAUUGCGAGCACAAGGAAUUAUACCACAGAAACCACCCUCAAGACCCUCCACACCUGAAGGUUUAGAUAUAGACUACAGCCAGAUUAGAAAUGCAGGCUUGUCGUUAGCUACGGAGGACACACUUGCAGAAGCAGCUGAAGAAGCUGACGAUAGUGAAGAUGAGCGUGUUCUUCUCUCGUAUAGAAAGAAAAGAAUGGAGGAAAUGCGUAAAUUGGAAUCCACAGCACGUUUCGGUAGAAUGUACCCAAUUGCUAGACCUGAUUAUACGCGCGAAGUUACUGAAGCAAGCAAGGAGCACACAGAUCCACAAUUCAACCCUAAUGAUGACAGUAUUGAGAAUCUAAAGCGUGGUGGUACAAGUGUCAUUUGCUUCCUUUACUCAGAAUCGAUAGAAGAAAGUAGAAUAGUUGGUCAACACCUCCAUGCACUUGCUUCAGAUUACCCGCAUACUAAGUUUGUCUCAAUUGUCGGUAGCCAGUGUAUCGCAGGUUAUCCAGAACGUAAUUGCCCAACAUUGCUGUUUUACAAACGCGGGACGCUCAUGAAGCAGAUUGUUGGUGCUAAUGAUCCAACUAUCGGUUUGCAUGGAAAGCAGACAACUAAAAAAGAUGUAGAAAACUUGUUACUUGCGAUGGAAGCUAUCAAACUCAAGCCAGUCAACACAAACGCACAUGACUUUGCGAAGAAGGACGAACAAGAUCGUGAUGAUGAUGAUUAUGAUAGCAAGCCAACUCAUAUUAGACAGGGCGCACAGGAUGACGAUGAUUCAGAUCUCGAUAUUUGAUUGUACAUAAAUGUAUAUCAC